AUGAACCCUUUGCUCCAAAUCACAGGAUCUCUUAGGCCACUUGCCCUCACCCUGACAUUCCUCAUGGCCACAGCUGCUCUUCCCAUCCCAGAUUCCUUGGGGGACAGAUCUCCAGGGGAUGAUGUCCCAAGGAAAUCAUCCAGCAAUCCUGAUCUUGAACUUGCAAAGCGACUCCAUACGAUGGCUUAUGACCUAAAAAAGCAGAUGUGUCAGACCCAGAACAUGUGUGACAAUAGCAAUGAGGCACUAGCUGAAAACAACCUGAACCUUCCCAACAUCACAGAGAGAGAUGGAUGUUUGACUGCUGGAUUCAAUGAGGAGACAUGCUUGAUAAGGAUCGUCGGUGGUCUUCAGGAGUUUGACACAUAUCUUCAGUACAUGGAAAAAGAGAUGAAGGAUAACAAGUUUCAAUUCCUACAACUGGGUACAGCUCAGCUAGCCCACAAUCUGAAGCUCUCGAUAAAAGAGGCAGAUGCAGUACCCACCCCCAACCCAACCGCCUCCAAGAACCUGCUUUCUGAACUGCUAUCCCUGAAAGCCUGGUCCAAGAAUGUGGGUCUCCGUCUCAUCCUGUGGCAUUACACCCGCUUCAUGGAGGGGACCAUCCGGGUUGUUCGGUAUCUGCAGACUAGGAGUCCUGUUGCCUGAACGUUUUAGUUCAUGCCCGUUCCUUCCUUCAUUGAAAAAUCUGUCCAGUGGGCAGAUGGCCAUGUUGUUCUUUAUGAAGAACCAACAAAGUAUGAUCAGUGAGACACUGCUUUUUAUUAUUUUAAAUUAAUUUAUUUGUAUUUAAGUAAUAUUUAUUCCCCAU